AUGUAUUUGGAAAGCAGAAGGGCUAUUUUUGUCUUUUGGAUUUUUCUCCAAGUUCAGGGAACCAAAGAUUUCUCCAUUAGAAUAAACCAUUCUGAAACUAAAGACAUAGACAAUGCCCCAAGAAUCGAAACAACUGAAAGUACUGAAAACACGUACAAAGUGUCAACCAUGAGACGAAUAUACGAUUUGACAAAGCAUCGAACAAAAAGAUCAGCAUUUUUCCCAACGGGGGUUAAAGUCUGUCCACAGGAAUCCAUGAAAGAGAUUUUAGCCAGUCUUCAAGCUUAUUAUAGAUUGAGAGUGUGUCAGGAAGUGGUGUGGGAAGCAUAUCGGAUCUUUCUGGAUCGCAUCCCUGACAUAGGGGAAUACCAGGACUGGGUCAGCAUCUGCCAGCAGGAGACCUUCUGCCUCUUUGACAUUGGCAAAAACUUCAGCAACUCCCAAGAGCACCUGGAUCUUCUUCAGCAGAGAAUAAAACAGAGCAGCUUUCCUGAGAGAAAAGAUGAAAUAUCUACAGAAGAGACAUUGGGAGAGCCUGGUGAAGCCCCUGUGUUUUCAACAGAUGCUGCUGAUGUCUCACUGAAGCCCUUCCUUCCCACUCCUGAUGACACAUUCCUCAAUGAAAUUCUCAAUGAUACCCUCAACGGCACCAAGAUGCCCACAACAGAAAGAGAAACAGAAUUCACUGCGUCCGAGGGCCCUCCGGAUCAGAAAGUGGAGCUGAGCGUCUCUCUGGUGAACCAGAGGUUCAAGGCAGAGCUUGCUGACUCCCAGUCCCCAUAUUACCAGGAGCUAGCAGUAAAGUCUCAACUUCAGAUGCAAAAGAUAUUCAAGAAACUUCCAGGAUUCAAAAAGAUCCAUGUGUUAGGAUUUAGACCAAAGAAAGAAAGAGAUGGUUCAAGCUCCACAGAGAUGCGAUUUACAGCCACCUUUAAGAGAGAAAGCACAGAAGCAAAAAGCCCCGCCAGUGACCUCCUGUCUUUUGAUUCCAACAAAAUUGAACAUGAGGGAGUCCCUCGUGGAACCGAGGAGGACAAGCAACCUGAAAUCUAUCUCACAGUAAUAGACCUCAAAAAGCUGAUCAGCAAAGUACUAGAGGAAGAACAAUCCUUGGAUGUGGGGACAGUUCAGUUCAUUGAUGAAAUUGUUGGGUCACUGCCAGUUUCCAGUCCUGACACCCAAUCAGAGCUGCCUACGCCCCUUGCUGAUAUCACAAAGGGUGCUACUUUGAGUCCUGAACUUACUCUGGGUGAGCCCAGGCUUGAGACUGUGGACAGAGCAGAGCAUGGUCUACCUGACAGUUCUUGGUCUCCACCUGCUGUGGCCUCUACCUCCCUAUCAGAAACUCUACCUUUCUUUACUGCAUCGAGCAUCUUCUCUCUAAGUGAUCAGAGUGCCACGGACAUAAUGCCCAUUGACCAGACAGUACUAAUCCCAGGGCUCACCAUCCCCACCAGUGAUUAUUCCACCAUCAGCCAACUGGCCCUGGAAAUUUCACAUCCACCUGCGUCUUCAGAUGACAGCAGCUCAAGUACCGGCACCCAAGAUACGGUCGGAGACCUAGAUGGAAUGAGUCUGUCCGACACUCCUGCCUCGUCUGAGGUACCAGGACUCAGUGGAUAUGUUUCUACCCCAGAUCAUUCCUUGGAGGAUACCACACCUGUCCCAGCUGAACAGUAUAUCACCACUAGCUCUAUGACCAUUGCCACCAAGGGCCAAGAGCUGGUAGUGUUCUUCAGUCUGCGUGUCGCUAACAUGCCCUUCUCCGAUGACUUGUUCAACAAGAGCUCUCCAGAGUACCAAGCUCUGGAGCAACAAUUCACACAGCUGCUGGUUCCAUAUCUACGAUCCAAUCUUACAGGAUUUAAACAACUUGAAAUACUUAACUUCAGAAAUGGGAGUGUGAUCGUGAAUAGCAAAAUGAGGUUUGCUAGGUCGGUGCCUUAUAACCUUACCAAGGCAGUGCACGGGGUCUUGGAGGAUUUUCGUUCUGCUGCAGCACAACAACUCGAUCUUGAAAUAGACAGCUACUCUCUCGACAUUGAACCAGCUGAUCAAGCAGAUCCCUGCAAAUUCCUGGCCUGUGGUGAAUUUGCCCAGUGUGUAAAGAAUGAGCGGACCGAGGAAGCGGAGUGUCGCUGCAGACCGGGGUAUGAGAGCCAGGGGCGCCAGGACCGCCUGGACCCAGGCCUUUGUGUCCCUGGCACAGAGGAAUGUGAGGUCAUCCAGGGAAAGGGAGCUCCAUGCAGGUCACCAAAUCACUCUAAAAAUCAAGCGUACAAAACCCGUGUUAAAAAAUUCCAACAUCAACAAAAUAACAAGGUAACCAGGAAAAGACAUUCUGAAUUACUGACUGUGGGAUAUGAAGAAUUAAGCCAUCAAGAUUGGGAAGGAAAUUAA